AUGCUAGCACUACGAUGCUAUAGGAGACGACUACCUGAUCCAACCAUUCUAAUCAAGAGAUGGAAAUCAUUGAUAUCUAUACGACAUAAAUCGACAACAGAUUUCAAAAAGAGAGAAACAAUCCAUCUCGCUAUUAAUUUACUAUUUCCAGGUCUAGGAGAUCCUCAAUACAAGGACAGAUACAAAUUGGUUAACAAGCAGAUCAACACAGUAUUCCCUAUCGGUGACAUAAAGGAAACCAAGGACCAACGUGAUUCUCUUACCCCAGAGCCCGAUGCUGAAAAGAAGGAGUGUGAUAUUUUAAAGAAGACAAUUGACAACAAUAGAAAUGCUUUAGCCAAUCUCAACAUGCAAUUGGAUCUGCCUUCAGUUGGUGACACCAUUGAUACAUUUAUGAUAUACGACAAUUCUAACCCACGAUUUGAAUUGGAAGAUGAAUUUUACAAUGAAGUAUUAGAACUUGACAAAUUCACUCAUAUUGUUGAGCUUAGUCCUUUGCUAUUCUGUGGAAACGCAUACGGAAUUGAAAAAUGUGCUGCAAUCUUGUUUGACAAGGAGUGUAACAUAGCUAUAGUACAAGAACAAUUGAGCAAUUUGCGUCAAAUAGGAUUGCAAGCUUUAAAAACCUAUUGGCAAGCAUAUUUAGGAAAAGAUUUAAAACAGGAUGAGUUGAAUUAUUCACUGCUUGUUACUACCACUGGCUUACUCAAAGUGUUGGAUAAUCAUGCUAGGAAUGUCAUCAAGAACACUUUGCAUACUGAACUUCAUUUUAAACGUAUUUUCUACCAGUAUUUGGGUGCUUUGGUUGUGGAAAAUGGACAAUUAUCGCCACAUUUCAUUCACGGACUAGCAAGAUUUCUUGAAAACUCCAAACAACCGAAGAGGGCUCAUCAAUAUAUGAAUAUACCAACACCCAAACAAGUAAAUGAAAUUGUAACUGUCACAUCUAAUACACAAGAGAUCACUGGCAAGCCAGUAAAGUGGUUUCAAUUCGCCGAGUAUACUAUAAAGUUGAUUGGCAAAAGAACCGAAUUACUUCAGGGCCAUGUCGUACAGAGGAAAAAUGCGCUCCUUUUGGUCAAGAAUCGUUUCCCUGAGUUAAAUGAGGAAACAAAUAUGGCGAACUUGGGUAAUUUGAUAGCCAAGGAUUACAAAAAGUAUGCACUUGACUUGUUGGGGUUUGACGAACCUAAGCUUAGCAUGGAUACUAAACUACGACUAGCCAGUGUCUUUGCUGCAUCUAAUUUCCAAUUACCAGUCAUUUGCAACCAUACUCCCAAAAAAAUGUCGCCAUAUCAAAUCCUACCACCUGUUGUUAAUUCCAACUUGAUUAAUAGAAUUUUACUUUUAAGCAAACACAUAUAUUUUGGCACUUCUUCCAGUGGGAAGUUUUUGAAGUUGACCAUUCGAAAUUUUGAACUUUUUGGUCACAUUUCCUAUUCAUAUUUCAUCCGAUUGGCUCUAGAAAGAAUGCAUUUAACGACUUUGACCAAUUCCCAAAUAAAGAAACUUGGGGAUGUUAUAGAAAGUCAUUCAUUUAAAUCGUAUAUUGUUGAUUUGAUGAGAUAUUUUGAAAAUCAAAAAGAAAGACUAUCGUAUAUGAGAGAUAUCGAAAGAUUACAGGAGGAACAAUUAUUAUCAUUCAAUCAAUUCAAUCAGUUAUUUGCCUGUUUGUCGGAAGAACAAAAAGAGACCUGGUGUCAUGACUUGACUACAAAAGUUGUCACUGUGGUAAAUCAGUUGGAUUGGCAGAAUAUAGAUGACUUUCUUGUUGAAUUGAGGUCACAAUUGUUGAAGCGAAAGGAAUAUUUGAAUGCAUUGCCUUCAUCUUCUGGUCGAAGAGCCACCAGUGAAAACUUGGAACAAUUGGAAAGUGUGUCCGUGUCUUUCUCAGAAAUGGACAGUGCACGUUAUUACAAUCUAGCAAUGGAAUACUUGUCCUAUUUAAACAUCAAGUACCAUAUGAAUUUACCAUUGGGGUCGUAUAGACAAUGGCUUGGACUAUUCGAAGAAAAACUUUUACGAACCUAUGGAUUUGAUAAUGUGACUCUACUUGGAUAUUUACUAGACGAUAUAGCAGAUGAAACAAUGGGAGAGCGCAUUGUGCGGGAUUUAUCCACGAGAGAAGAGGCUAUGGAUAAAUCAUUUAUGGGAGUUCAGUUUAAUGCCAAGUUGAAGUUCCGCCUUGAUGGACCUAAAGAAACAUUUUGGAAUUACAAGUUGACUCAGAUGAGCCCGCCAAAGUUCAAUCUCGAGUCUAAUAUGAACAAAUUUCUCAUAAUCAAUCAUAAGAUUGCCACCGAAUUUUUCAACAAAAUUGGAAUUAAACAAGAACAGAUUGUUGAAGCGAUUUUCAAACAUGGUGAACUUGGGCACCGAUACUACAGAUAUAUGAUCCUUUACUUCCUCAUUGAGUCGAGAUUGUCACCAAGUAUGCAAGAAUCUGUGUUUACCCUAUUAAAUGACAAGAUGUUCAAAAAAAAAGUAAACAUGGCGGCAGGUAUACUGAACCCAUUCAUUGGUGACUUGAAAAUGAAUCAUACUUAUCAUUCACUAAUCGCCAACUUUAUAACAUCGGAGUACUAUGAUCUUCAUUACCAUAAUCAAACCUUCAAUCAAUUCAUAUCUAUGCAAUAUGCAAACAACAAAGUUGAAUUAUGUAAAUGGUUAAAGGGGCUAGUGGAGCCGUUGAUUAAACAGUUGGAGGAAUGUAAUGACGAGUAUGAUAGACAAGCUGUACUUUUCAAAUUUGAGCAAGCACAAAUCAAAACCACAACUACCGACUACAACCACAUUUCCAAACAACUAAUGUCUGAUCCAACCGGGUUUACCGCACUACUGGUGUGUUUAGGUUUGAUCUUGUACCUUGCACGCAACCAAAUAAGAGCCUUGUAUAAGCCGUUGUUUACAAAUAAGGUCGUUGUUUCUGAUAAGGAGAGAACUUUAUCCUCAAGCAAUCCCAAACCCAAUCUCAAGCCCACGCCAGUCUAUGGAAAGACCAACGAUACAAUUCAAAAACCUACCCCUUUAAGGAUCACACCUGAUGAGGUCAAGAAUUAUGACGACAGACCAUGGAGACCAUUCCGUUGGCCUUACCAUCAGACAAUGUCUAUUUUCAAAUUGGAUAUUAACCAUUGGCUUGAUAUGGACAAGUAUUAUCAACACUAUAUCGACGAGAAAGAGAGGAUAAGACUCAAGUUUGGAGAAGAAAACUUUGGUAUGUUACCUGAAGGCCGUGACGCCUGUAAUGAGCUAAUGGAGAUGGUUGUUGAUCAUAUGAUUGAGAGGUAUCCUUUGUUGUUUACUGUUGUCAAGGAUGGUGACUGGGAAACAGAAGGUAAAAUUUUGAGAAACGAAGUUACCAAGGAAGUUUUGGACAUGACAAGACCCCUCAAGGAGGAGCCAUUAGUUUACGUAUCCAAAUUAGCUAAAGAGGAUUUCUACGUUGUUUUGAAAAACCCGAACGAUGGCUUGCAUUAUAUGGUUGCUGGUGCAGUUCCCUUCCCAGGUGGUUCAUUUUUUAUCAAAGAUAAAUUGGGUAAACACAUUGAUACGAUCCACCUGAAGGUGCCUUACUAUGAAAAGAGUUUGAAAAAGUCGAUGGAGAGAUGGUUUGGUAGAAUGAGACCUGAGGAUCCAGUCGAAAGAGCGAGUUGGUACAUUACAUGGGAUUCCAAAUUAAAAGUCAGCAAUAUUUACCAGGUUGAGAAAUUCAAACCAAAUAUUGAAAAGGAUCUUGAAGCAGCUGAGCCCCGUCAAUUCAAUGUUCGUGUCGAAAGACAAACCUUGCGUCGGUUACCUAAGACUGGAGCUAUCAUUUUCACAAACCAUCCUGUUUAUUACUCAAUUGAAGAGAUGAAAGAUGAACCAAUGAUUCCAUCACUUUUGAAAAAAGUCAUAUAUGAAGGACCUGAGGAUAUUCUCAAGUACAAAAAUUUCGAAAUGAUUAGAGAUAAAUUGGCACCAUAUCUUGAUGAAUUGAUCCAAAGACAAAAAGAUUUGGGUAUUAUAACUGAUGAAACACCGUUGAAGACCCAACCCAAUUAUCCUUUUGCUCAUUGGGUUAAAGAUAAUUUGAAUGUAUCUGAAACUGAAGGCUGGAAUAAUCCUAGUCCUGCUUAUGAUAAGAAACACAUGAAAACAGAGGGGUUUGAUGCAUCAAAGUUGGCUGAUAAUGAAUAG